AUGUUGUAAUGUUAUACUUAAUAUGAUUAUUAUUAUUGUUUUAAUUGACGUAUGGCAUAUGGCUGAGACUCCAUCAUUUGGCGCGGCCCCGUGCUGAUUGUCCGCGUACACUCUGGUCGUUUCAGCUCGUGCACGUUUGGACAUUUAAACUUCUCGUGAAUUAGGAUUCGUAAAUAAAUAAAUGUCUUUUGAUUGUUUUGUUCCCAGACGGAAGGCACAAACAGUGAGGAGUUACGUAACGUCCCAGCGAAGGGGGCCGACCAACGCGGUCGUGCGCUCGGGUCGAGGCGGGAAACCGGAUCACGAGAGAAAAAAAAGUAAACGACCAUUAAAGUUGAUUUAUUUUAUGAUAUGUUUUUUAUUACACGGUAAUAUCUUGAAAUGUGAAGCCUACAUAACUUCCGCUGAGUCACGCGUGACCACGGAGUGCAUUUCGGAUUAAAGAACUCCCCCCUCCCGGCCGUGCGACAUGGUACGGUCCGCGCCGCGUCAUCCAUUGUUUACAAAUCGACCUCCCGGGGUUCGUUGCGGCGUGGUGAGAGCGAGGAGCGGCCCGACGGCUCUCAGUCACACCGACCACCAGCGACGUAAACACCCCGAAACCACGCACCGACACCCGGGUCCGCCGCCGCCAGCAUGCCGUGCCGGAAGGAGGACUACAUCUUCCUGGAGCAGUCCGUGUCGGUGGACUCCAGCGAGGUGGACGCGCUGGUCUCGAGGAUCGGAGAGGCGCUGCAGCUGCACAACAACAACAACAACAGCGGCGGCGGCGCGCACCAGAAGACGGUGUCCGUGUCCUGCCUGCACGGGCUCAGCGGCCGGCCAGAGGCCGUCCUCGGCGGAGGCGUCGCGGGUGGAGGUGCUCUGCAGAAGCGCCGCGGCUGCUGCAUGCGGCUCCGGACCCACCGGGCGAGCCCGUACUGCGUCCCCGGGUCUGCCGGGGACCGGGACUGGGACCAGAUCAGACCGUGGUAUAAGAAACGGAAAGACGACGACGAGGAGGACGACGACCCGCACCGCAUGCUGCAGGAGCUGAUCCUCUCGGGGAACCUGAUCAAAGAGGCCGUGAGGAGGCUCCAGGGCCCCAACGCGGCCGACGGCGGGCCGAGCUGAUGCCGCACCGGGGGGGCCGGGGGUCUCUACCGGCCCCGGUCCCCUACACGGACACACGAACUGUUUUUUAGAAUACAAUCUCACGGGACUGGUAGCUAUGCGUUUUCUAAUGUGUUUUGUUUGUAUGGGCCGGGCCCUCCGGGUGGGGGGUCCGUGUGGGGGGGGGGGGGUCCACCAUCUUUAACCGUUUCAUUGGAGAAGAAAGUUUAUUUCAAACCCCCCUCCCCUUUUUUGUUUUUGAACGCAGAUCUCGUGGGAUUUUACGUGAAAACUCAGAUCUCGCGAGAGGUUGUUUGUUUGCGCGUGUGAGUAGUUCUGUGAACAACAAUGAGGUUGCUUGGUGAUUGCGUCACCGUGAACAGAGACCGGAAGUCGGAGCGUCAUUCAUUUCUGAUUUACCACCGAAACUUGUCCAUGUGUUAUUUUUUGGGGGAGGGGCGCAGACCUUCAUGGUGGGGGCAGGAGACCAUUUUGUUUACAACCACAUGCCCCCCCCCAUGCUCAUUGAAUGUCAUCGUCAGUGAGCUGGUUUAUAUACAUGUGUGUAUUUACACAUACGUGUGUGUGUGUAUAUGUGCAUAACUGUCAGCACCACAUUUAGCUCUCCGACUUUUAUUUUCAAAGAACUUUAACCGGAGAGGAAGCCGUUUGUCGUGGGGGUCGCUGGUCACGUGACUUCCGUGGUGCUCACCUGUGAAUUCCCACCGAGGAGUUGUUGUUUCUAUUCCGUGAAGAAGAACUGCUUCGUACCGAAGCCUCUGUGAGUUCCUGUAUCCAGGAGUCUGUUUCUGUUCCUUUGUGUUUAAUAAAAGCCAUUUUGUUUUUCCAGAA